AGUCUGAAAGCAGACGCGCAACUUUCGCAGAAUCCACCUUAAAAUCUCUGCCUUAAACUGCACCAGCCCCCAAAAAAUCCAAGGGGGGAAAGAAGGGGGGGAGAGCAGAUUCCCCCCUCCCCCCUCUCCUCUCCCAUCCCUCCCCCUUCCUCCUCCCUUUGAGUUAACAAGGCCCUGCUCACUAUAUCUCUUUAUAUUAAAAAAUAUAUAUAUUAGAGAAGAGCGAGGGAGAGGGAGAACCACCUCCACCCCCUCUUUUAAAAUUUUUUUAUUUUUUUAUUUUUUUUGCAAGAAUCCCAAGAGCUAAGGUGGCUGCAGAGGGGAGAGCGGCGAGAGCCAAGUGGGGGGAGGGUGGAGGAAACCCGGGAGAAGGCUUUCUCCAGCCCCCAAAGUUUUGAUGAUGACCAUGACUACGAUGGCUGACGGCUUGGAAGGCCAGGACUCGUCCAAAUCCGCCUUCAUGGAGUUCGGGCAGCAACAGCAGCAGCAACAGCAGCAGCAGCAGCAGCAGCAACAGCAGCCGCCGCCGCCGCCGCCGCCACAGCCGCACUCGCAGCAGAGCUCCCCGGCCAUGGCAGGCGCGCAUUACCCUCUGCACUGCCUGCACUCGGCGGCGGCGGCGGCGGCGGCGGCCGGCUCGCACCACCACCACCACCAGCACCACCACCACGGCUCGCCCUACGCGUCGGGCGGCGGCAACUCCUACAACCACCGCUCGCUCGCCGCCUACCCCUACAUGAGCCACUCGCAGCACAGCCCUUACCUCCAGUCCUACCACAACAGCAGCGCGGCCGCCCAGACGCGAGGGGACGACACAGAUCAACAAAAAACCACAGUGAUUGAAAACGGGGAAAUCCGGUUCAAUGGAAAAGGGAAAAAGAUUCGGAAGCCUCGGACCAUUUAUUCCAGCCUGCAGCUCCAGGCUUUAAACCAUCGCUUUCAGCAAACUCAGUACCUGGCCCUGCCCGAGAGAGCUGAACUGGCAGCUUCCUUAGGACUGACACAAACACAGCCUGCUUUCUCUUGCCAUAUUGCCACUGGAAAUAUUUGGGGUUUGAUGUGGACGGAUUCCUGCUACUCAGUAACUUGUAUUCUUCUUGGAAAAGCCGAUUCCUGUGGCUAAGGAAUUUUAAAGGUAAAAUAAGCAGCCCCAGAGAAUUUCCUUCUUCAAAUAAAGUAGAUCUGGGGUGUUGGCUUAGAUAUGCUACCAUCCCAGAGUCCUGAUUCACAUUUAGUUUGCAGGGGGCCUUUGACUUUUAGCGACUGCACUGACAAUCAUGUCAUGAUUAUUGACCACAAGCUGACUGAGCAACAUACAAAGUAGGGAACUAGGGAGGUACCAUCCCUAUUCCCUACAGGAUUAUGAGGUACAUUUACUUCAGGAGAAAGCUGCUCCAUGCAUGUCAUGUGCAAUGUAUGCAGGGUAUAUUCGAGGCAUUUGGUUAUAAAUGUACAGGCAUUUCUCUGUUCAGUCAUUUGCUCACUGUCCAUGCAUGGAGAUG